UGGCCAAAUCUGCCAUCUCUAGUCGCGUUUAGUUGUGCAAAAAUAGUGCGCAAAAACAAAUUGCUUAUUUAUUUCAUUUAUUUUAUUUAAAAACAAGUCAUAAUUCGUUAACUGUUCCUAACUAAUUCGCGUGCUAUAUGUAGAUUAUGUGUCCUCAAGCACUGGCGUUUAUUUACCUUUCUGUUUCGUUUUAACCGAGCGUGGAUGAAAAGUGACCAUUCAUAUAUACUAGUACAUAAAUAACUAAAGCUUAUGAUGACUUCUGCUUAGAAACAGUUUUUUUUUGAUCCAUACGCAUUCGUACCUAACAUUCCGUUUGUGUGAAUUUUAUGGACAAAUCCAACUUCCGAUUCGCUUGUGGAAGCCAGCAGCUGGACCUUGGCCAGGUCAUCGCCGCCGCCACCACCAAGCAGCCAGAGAGCCUUGCAAAAAUGCAUUAAACAGUUACAAAAUUAAAUUGCAUGACAAAUAAGAAGCGCAUAACAAAUAACUGAAACAAACACAAACAAGCAUCAAAAUAUAUCUGUAUAAACAGAAAAUCCAACACUCUGGCCUAAAAGCACAUAUUGUCAGCCGUAUCCCUGUCAUUGCAUCCUGGUCGCAGCAUAUGUAAAGCUGCUUCGCUCUCGCUAACAUCCCAUCCAUAUUCAUCCAAACCAAUAAACCAUAUGAGCAGCAUGAGUCUGUGGAAGCGCAUCUCGAGCCAUGCCGACUGCGAGCAGCGCAUGGCGGCUUACUACAAUAAGAAGGGUCUGUACGACCUGCGUCUCUGCUUGGCGCCCUGGAUCGAAGACAGAAUAAUGUCUGAGCAGAUUACGCCUAAUUCGACAAAUCAAUUGGAGCUCGUCGCUGUUAAGUUUAUUGAGGAUCUACAGCAGAAACUUUUAUCAACACGUGCCAGUGAUCAGGUGCUAAAGUACCGUCUGGUUGAGCUCUGUGCGCUGAUCCAACGCACACCGGCCCUUGAGCUAUAUACGCAUCUGCGCAGCGGAGUGCAAAAAGAACUGCAAUUAGCCGCCGAGAAGAGUGUCGCCGUUGCCACCGCAGGCCAAUCGAUGCCUCUGAACACGUAUAAUAUGAACAAUGCCGCAGUAGUUGCCGCAGCCGUUGGUAUGAACACUGGCUAUGUUGAUGCUAGUGAAUUUGUAGGUGUUGCAGGCACCGGUGUAUCCCCAGUUGCUGGUGGCAUGCCAGCCGGCAUUAUGCAUAAUAUGGCUGAAACUACAGCUCCCGGCUCGAUGGGCCCAGCUAAAAUGGAAUUGUAUGAAGUACACAAUCAGAUAUUCCAAAGCUUCAACGAAUUCACAACAUGCUCUGAAAAUCUAAGAGUUUUGGUACAGAACUAUCGCUGUAUGUUAAACGCACCCAAUUCGCCCGAUGCGGAACGAAUGUUCAAGAGCUUGAUUGAGGAUAAGACCGCACUGGUGGCUAGGCUGCGACGCAGUUUUCUGUUUUACGAUCAACUGCAGGAUAUGGUCAUAACGGAGCUUAAGAACUGGCGACGCCAACAAGCCCUAGCUGGCAAUGGAGCACAGUUUAGCGAGAAUAUGCUGGAUGAUAUACAGCGUUGCUUUGAGCUGUUGGAAUCGUUUGUCACCCAUCUGCUGACAGCUGUCAAGGAAACACUUUUGGUGCGCAUAGUAAACGAUGAUCCCGAUCUGAAUUGUCUGCUUGAACAAGUGCAGGUGGCACAAAAGAAUCUAGUAUGCUCUGCUUUCAUUGUGGAUAAACAGCCGCCGCAGGUAAUGAAGACAAAUACACGCUUUGCGGCCUCAGUGCGCUGGUUACUUGGAUCACAGCUGGGCAUACACAUGAAUCCGCCCACAGUCGAGUGUAUUAUUAUGUCUGAGUUGCAGGCGCAGCGCUUUGUCACGCGUGGCACACAUAUGGAUGUGACCAAUGGCAGUCUGGCUGGACAGUCGUCGGGCGAGAUACAGAACUGCUCCAGCACCAUGGAGUAUCAGCAGAGCAGUCAUGUAUUCUCUGCUAGCUUUAGAAAUAUGCAGCUAAAGAAGAUCAAGCGCGCCGAGAAGAAGGGCACCGAAAGUGUCAUGGAUGAAAAGUUUGCGUUGUUCUUCUAUGCGACCACAACAGUAAAUGAUUAUCAGAUUCGCGUCUGGACACUUUCGCUACCCGUGGUGGUUAUUGUGCAUGGCAACCAGGAGCCACAAUCUUGGGCCACCAUUACUUGGGACAAUGCAUUCGCAGAUAUUGUACGUGAUCCGUUUGUGGUCACAGAUCGUGUCACUUGGCGUCAGCUGUCAGUUGCACUUAACACCAAAUUUGGAUCGUGCACACAGCGUGCCCUAACAUCGGAGAAUUUGGAGUUUUUAUUUGAGAAGCUGCAGCGUGAUAAUAUUGCCGGCGAGCGCAAUGAGUUUAUUUCAUGGAAUCAAUUUUGUAAGGAGCCAUUGCCAGAUCGUACUUUCACUUUCUGGGAAUGGUUCUUUGCCAUUAUGAAGCUGACCAAAGACCAUUUGUUAUCCAUGUGGAAAGCGGGCCGUAUUACGGGCUUCAUCAACAAGGCCAAGGCACACGAUGAUCUCUUGCGCGCCGUUACAGGCAUAGGCACAUUUUUGUUGCGUUUCUCCGACAGUGAAUUGGGUGGUGUUACUAUUGCUUAUGUAAACACUUGUGGCUCGGUGACAAUGCUUUCGCCGUGGACUGCACGUGAUUUCCAAAUACUUAAUUUGGCUGAUCGCAUACGAGAUCUGGAAAUGCUGCGAUGUCUGCACCCGACCGAUAUCAAUGUGCAACCAUUGGAUCGCGAUCUCGCUUUUGGUGACUUUUAUACACAGCGUUCUGAACCAACGCCCCGCGGCGAUGGAUAUGUUCCCAGCACGAUACGCGUGCAGGUGCGUACCAGUGGGGAUACGGGCUCCAUCAGUGGCACGCCUCAUCAUUCAAUGCAGUCACCGCCGCAGGAUAGCAUGUCGAUGGGAAAUUAUUCUCCACGUAGUGGCAUCAUGUCUUAUAAUCCAUCGAGCGUCGCAACCACAUCCUAUUACAGGGAUGAUUCUGAUUCAGAUGAUAGCACUGUGGCGCGUGAGCUCGAGAAUUAUGUCAACAAUACAGCGCCAGACGAUCCCAUACUGGAUCAGAUAAGUCACACCAUAUUCAAUGUGUGCGCCAAUGGGCAAGAAGCACAGUGGAUGAUGCCCACUAAAUCAACAUAUGCCGUGCCAUCGCCCUAUAAUGAAACAGUCCAAUAUUAAAAACAUAAAUUCGAAUUGCAGGCUAGUUGCGGUUGUGCCUCUUACCGAAAGUGGUAGUGAUUUUCCCAUGGCGGACUUUGAUACGAUGCCGAAUUUCGAUGUGUAUAAACUAUAAGCCUAUUCAAAGCAUACGCCACAUUUAUAUAUACUUAUAUAUAUAUAUAUAUAUGUAUAUGUUCGCAAACGAUAUAUAUGUAUGUGAAGAAAAGAAUGUAACAUGAAAUCGCGUAAACAAAUGAAUCCUAUAAAAAGAAUUUGCCGCUAUUAACGACGUCCAUUAGAUGUUUACUCUAAUCAAGCAACCAAUAUACCCUACAAUUCACACAAAAUCGGGCACAUCGACCUUAACUUAUCAAACUAUUUUAACCCAAAUGUAAAUUUUACAUAUUUGGAAUGCAUCAUUGUGGCAUGUGUUUUAUUUUUGCAUUUGUGAAACGCCAAAAACGAAUCAACUAAACGACAAGAGCAAUGCAUGCAAAUUGCGGCACUUCAACACACACACACAGCCCACACACGUCACAUUACACAUACGCACACACACAAACACACGCACAGAAUACCAGAUAUUAAGAUUUUAAAUUGUGCUUAAAUAUGUAUAUGAUUUUUAUAUACGCAAUUUACAUAGGUGUGUGCGUCCCUGUGUGUGUGUGUGUGCGUGUGUGUAAUAUGGUUUUAGACACGACUUUGUCAAUUUUGUCAAAUGUCUGUAUGAAAAUGAUUUAAUUUUAAUGGAUUGCGUGAUCAGCACGUGAAUUUAGUUAGUUUCCUUUUGUAACUACGUAUAUUUGUUGAAUCUAAAUUUGUGAGUUUUAUUAUAAUUUAAAAUCGUUUAUUUUGUAUACGUUUAAGUUAUUUAGUUGGGACACAAAUGUACCUCAAUUGUGCUCAUUUUAGUUAUACAUUACGUAAGUACGUAUUAUACAUAUAAAUAUCUGUAUAUGCAUGCAUAUAUAUAUGUCUAUAUAUGAAUUGCUUUAUGUAUAAACCCCUUUUCAUUGGCUUCCAUGCUGCAAAUGCAAACAAAUUUCAUUUAUGUACUAUAUUUGAUAUGAUUUUCAUUAAGGACAAAGUGUGCAUUGCAUUAAAAAUGCGUUAAAAAAAAAA